GACGCUUGUUUAUUUUUUGGCGGCGUAUUGUUUAAACUGGUCAAUUUGGGAAAUUCUGCUAGCCGGGAUUACAGAACGAUGUGGAGCAACUUUGAGGCCUCGGCGCUGGAGGACGAGACCAUCUCGAAUGUGUUUUCGUCGCGCGGCAUCUUCCAGAUAAGCAGCGAGGAGGAAGUAAACAAAUAUCCGGAUGUUUUGGCCUCCGUGCAGUGCGGCAAGAUGGUCAUUGGCAUCGACAAGAGCCUGCUCCUGCUGGAGGACGAACUGGUGGCCAAGUGCAGCUUCCUGGGCUUCGGCGCGGCCAUCGAGGCCAUUGCGAUCUCCGCCAGCGGCAAUCUGAUUGUCUGCGGACUCUCCGAUGGCGAGGUUCAUGGGGUGUUCAUCAAGGGGCUGCUCCUCUUCAGCGUGGCCGUGAAUCUGGAGGACGUGAGCCUCACGGGCGGCACCUUCCGCAGCAUCCACCAGCUGGAGGGGAGAUUUUAUUUUACCUGCAAGAAUGGCAGCAUCUACAGUCUGAGCCACAUCAAUGAGUCUAGUUUAGAGGCCCUAAACAACGUGACGCUCAAUGAAAACGACACCAUUGCCUGCGAAAAGGCCAUCCUGGAUGAUGUCACCAUUCAGCGGCUGUCCAAAGGGCGCUCUUCCGGCAAUGUGGACUGUGCCGUGCUCCUCCGACAGCUAGUAGCGGGCAAUAUGACUACCCAGAACAACCAGGAAGAACUGGACACGCAUCCCGGGCUGGUCAUCUCGGGGGAUCAGAGCUCCAUGAACUUCAAGAGCGGCGCCAGCGAUGCGAGCCGCAUCAAUCUGCCCGCCCACUUUGGCAGCCUCAAGCAGAUCUUCAAUCUGGAGCACUACAUAAUUGCUCUCACCAACUCGGGCCACUUGCUGGACAUUUGUCCCUACACUCGCACUGUGCAUUUGGCCCAAACGAGCCAACGGAAGAGCCUGCUCAUCGAGGAUCUGCUGGUGAUGGAGUGCAGCGAGGAGAACAUCGAGCUCCUGGUGCUCACAAAGCCCACGGAUGAGGGACGCUUCAUCAAGAUAGUGGAGUACCCAACUCUCAAUGUUAAGAAUGAGGUGGAGGUUCCCGAUCACGCCUGGCUUGUCCGUCAGCCAAAGUGUGCUGUGAAUCUGUAUUAUUUGGCCGCCAAGGAGCUCAACCACAGCAGCAUUCCCUCGGUGGUGGAGAUGAUGCUCGUUUCCGAGACCGAUCCCGGUGAUCGUUUUAAAAAGCUGAUUGCCAAGGGGCGCCUGGAAGAGGCGGAGGAAUUCGGCAAGCAGUUCGAACUCUGCCUGCAGCCCAUCUACGAAGCCAAGGCCAAACGCAUUCUCGUCGAGCUCUGCAACUCAAAUUCGCAUAAAGAACCCUCCGAGCUGGACAAGAAGUUCCAGAACCUGCUGCAGUUGCUAUCGCAGGUGGAGAGCAAGGCCUUCAUCAAAUCGCAUCGCAUGAUCAACCUGAGUUCGAGGCAAAUCCUCGAGCGCUAUCUGUGCGAGGUGAAGAAGCGCCUGAGUUUCGAGGACGACGAGGAGGAUGUGCUGGAAAUCGACGAGCAAUUGCACAGACUUAAGACACUCGCCAUCAUAGAUCCCUACGAGUGCAACACGGACUGGCAGAAGUUCAUUUACGACAACAACCUGGUCCGGAUGGUCAAGUCCUUGUUUAAUACGGAUAUGCCGACGGCCUGCCUCAUCUGGCGACGGCACUCGAGCAGCAUUUUACCAUUGCUGAACGAGGAUGAGCUGCGCAAGCUUCUGGGCUUCAUUCCGGGCAACACGAAGCCGUUUAAUGUGGUCCAGUGGCUGCGCCAGUUCAUUCCAAUGGUCAGCAACACGCAUCCCAGCAUAAUGCCCUUCAUCACCGACUGGAGCGUCGAGAUGACGCGAAAUCUGCAGUACAGUCCCCACUGGCCGGAUAUUGGAUUGGAGUUUUGCACCAAGAUACUGGAUAUAUUCGAGGAAAUCCAGUUCACUUACUCCGAUGUGCGACGGCAGCAGGAGCGCAACGUGGGAAAGCUGCGCGACCUGGUCAACGCUCUCCAGGAUCUGUCCGUGCUGAAGACGAACUAUAACAUGGGCUUCACCCUGGACAACUACAUGCAGGACUCGAUCGACGCCACGGCCUUGAGCAUUCUGCAGCACGUGCAACUGGACAAGCUGCAGCGGCUGGUGACGAACUUCAUGUACCCCAUUUUCCAGGAGAAGGGUCGCCAGCCCCUGGAGGUGAUCAAGCAGUACAUAUCCCAGCUGGUGGCCAGUCGCCAGUCCUCCAGCACUUGGCUGGAACGGGCGAUGGCCUGCAUUGAGCUGCUGCACAACGAGGACAGCCGCCUGGAGUGCGCCUUGUCGGUGCUGCAGAACGCCCCUGUUCCCUGGCCAGAUACCCUGGCUCCCCUGAUCAGGCUGCGCUCCUCCACCCAUCCGCUGGCCAUAAAAAUCAACGCCGAGUACGAGAUACAGGUCAUCAAGAUCAUGAAAGUGAAGUAUGGCUGGCCGGCCAACAGUUCGGACAUCAAUCUGGAGCUGUUUAUGUUGCGGAUCGUGAAGUUGAACCUCCCAGACAUGCUGGAGGACAUUGGGGCACUCACCAAGGCGGCGCCGGACAUCUCGGUCAGCGCCAACUUCAACUGCUGCUACCAGAUGGGCCGGCGAGGCCAGAUUGAUCUGGCCUACGAGUUCUUCAAGUCGCUGAUAGCGGAUAAAAACUCGAAGAACGGACAGCAAGUGGUGGAGAUCAUCGCCAACCUCCUGGAGAACAGCUCUUCUGUUUCCUUUGAGGACGAGGCUAAGAUUCAGGAGCACACGAAUGUUCUAGAGCUCUUUAAGCUCUUCCUGCCGUACGUGGAUUCCGUUUACGAGCGACGCUACCUGGUGAUGAAGCACCGCCUCCGCCUGCUGAAGUUCGGCAUCCAGCUGAGCUGCAGCAGCGAACUGAUACCGCUGCAAAGGCGCCACAGCCUGCUGGACGAGGCCAUCGAGAGGAUCAUCGAACGGGCUCAGGCCACGUUGAAUGUGUCCGCCUUUAUAGCCAGCGAAAUGGGCGAACUCUGCACGGCGCUCGGUCUGUCCAAGGUGUUUGGCCUGACGCGCAUUUGCCAGCGGAUCGGCUGUCUGCCGCUCAGUUGUGCUUUGGCCUUCCACCUGAUUAGCUUCGUCGACUGUGUGGCCGCCAAUGCGGGCGAUUUUAUCAACCUGGCGAUUGAGCUGCUGGUCCAGCAAAUCGAGAAUGCCAAGGGGCAGAGUCAAGAAAGUGCCUCCUCCCUGCAGUUGAUCAACGAGAGCGAUCCGCUUUGCUUUUUCCUAGCCUACGAGCUGCUCACAUCCGCCUUGCUGCACGAGGAGAGUCGUCGUCGGGAUCUGGUGGAGCUCAUUAAGUACAUUCGCGUGGCUGUGAUCCACUAUCCACUGAACGCCAUCCAGACUUACUACGAUGGCAAGGAACAGACCGUCAACGAGCACAUUUGCCGGGCCCUCGAUGGAAUUACCGUGGUCAUGGGAGAGUCCACGAUGAACUUUACCAUUCCUCUCAACGGAUCCUUUGACGUGAAGUCCCUGCAGGUGCCCACAAUGCCAAAGAAGAGAUAUUCGGUGUCGAUGUUCGAUGAGGUGGAGGUGCAGCCUGUCCAGCAGCUGCAACAGAAGAAGACAAUCGGCGGUCACAUGGCAAUAGUCAAGUUUCUGGCUCGCACCCUGCUGCUCAUGGUGAUUGAAUCGGAGCCGAGCAACUCGUUGCUGCGCCAGUUGAGCCACGGACUGGCGGAGAACACCAAGGCGGAUCUGGACAGCGCUCGGGCGGACUUCUUCCUGUCGCUGGAACACCUGACCAAGGCCAAGGAGCACGACGUUUGGUACGUGAUGUCGCAGUAUCUGCUCGACUACCAGAAGCAAAACUGCCGCAAGAAGCGGAUCAUCAACGAGGGCUUCAUUACGCUGCAGCUGCGCCGCAUUUUCCGCAAUGCGAUGGGCAGCAAGGAUGCCAAUUUUAUAGAGCUCUUCACCAUGCUGGUGGUGGACAGCGAGGCACUGGCUCUGCUGGAAAAGCUCUCCACGGAGGUGAAGACGGACCUGCAAAAGAUCAACUUCCUGACGCUAUCGGCCAUGUAUCACGAUCACAUGGAGGAUUUGGAUAAUGUGCAAAUGAUACGGGCAAAGCGCUUGAAACUCUACUAUUAUCUGGAGUUCUGCCAGCAAGAUCCCAGGAUCAAGGGCAAGUUCAACGCGGACAUGGACAACGUGGAGGAUUUGCUCAAGGAGUUUCACAACAAGCAGCUGGAUGUGCAAUUGCUGGAGCGCAUGAGCAAGGACUUUGGCUUCGACUACCAGAAGAUUCUCAUCACCCAGAUUCUGAGCAUUCUGAGUGCCCAGGAGCUGCGCUUCGAGGUCAAGCGAGACACCUUCGGCGACGAGGAGCUGGUGAUGCUGAGCAGCGCCCAGGAAAUGCGCGACAUGUGUCAGCCGUACAUCGAUAAAAUUAAAAACGUAGAGCUGUUCAUCUCCAAGUUGAAGCACUUUAUCGAGGAAAUCAACAUUUAUUUCUACGAGUUGUACAUGUGUGUAAUCAACAUACUAAUGUACUUUGAUGCGGCACCCAAGGAGAUGGAGAUCUGGACAAACAUCUUGCACUUCCUGCGGCACAAGAUGAUUACCAGGCGGCGCAAUCGGCCGGGUCAGGUGGAGACGGACAUGUGGCUCAAAUCGCAGAGGGAAAACGGCGUCAUGCCGAAGAUAUCCCGGUACCGUCUGCCCUUUAAGCCCAUCGUUGAGCAGCCUCUCAAGGAUAUCCUAGAUAGCGAACUGAGUGUGGACAACUGCCAGAGCUGGUUCCCCCUGAUUCAGAUGUACACGGCCCUGAAGGGAGCCAAGGAUAGUUCCCAAAACUGCGACUACUUUUGCAUGUCGGCAGUGAAGAAUUCGAUAUCGGAGUACAAGUCGAAGAAUGAAUCGGAGUCGUGGAGUCUGCUGCCCACGAACAAUGCCUUCCUCCAGUCGAUUCUUCGGCUGGUAGAGAAGGUGAACAACCCCAACAAGGCAUUCCUCAUACUCUACUUUGUGUCCAAUUAUGCCCGCGACGGAGCCGACCAGGUGGAGGCCUCCUACGAGUGCUGGAAAUUCGUCAAGGAGAAGGGCAAUCUAAUCACUGAUCCCAAGACGCGUGAACAGAUAGCGAAGGUCAAGCGGCGGUAUCCCAUCCAGAAAACGCAGCAUCUGCUUUACGUUUACGGGCUGUCUGAUGAGAAGCUACUGCGACAGGUUGAGAAUCCCACCGAGCUGAUUCACGCCCUGUAUCACCACGAACUGAUACUCAAAUCGAGCAAGGUGGACAUCAAUGCGCUGGUUGGCGAGAUCGUCAAGCUGCACGACCUCUGCCUGACCACCAUUCAGUACCGUCUGCUGCAGAAGUGGCUCUCGCUGACCAUGGAGCCCACGCCCGACGGCACCAUGCUGGAGGAUACGUUCAUGGAGGAGCAGAACUGGCCGGAGCAGGCGAAUGGCGCGGAUGGAACGAGCAGCCAGGAUGCCAGCGAGAAUGUGAACAGAGCUUUCUACAUACUCUCCAGUUGGCCAAAGGCGGAGGCGGUCAAGUUCCUAGUGGGCCUGAUCUUCAAGGGCGGCUCCGUGAACACCUCCACGCAGCUGCAGAUGUACGAGUGCUACUCCAAGCUGAACGACGGCAGCAACUCCUUUACGAACACCAUCAACCAGCGGCAAUUUAUCAGCAUCAAGUGCGUCCACGAGCUAAAGGCUUUGGGGUACAAGUCGAAUCUGGAGAAGUUCUCCGACGAUCACUGCAACAAGAUCGACAUCCUGAAGAUGAUCUGGCAGCGCAAUGCGCAGAAUCCCCUGUCGCUGGAGGUGAUGACCAACAUUUGCCUGGGAUUCGAUAUCCACCUGCCGCAAAUCUGGAACGGCAUCCUCAAGCGCAUGGUCAUGUUUCACAUGGUGCGCGAGCUGAACGCCCUGCUGGACGUGCUCAGCUGCCGACCGCAUCUUCUCCACCUGGACGGACUGGCCAAGGCCUGGGACUAUGUGCUCUGCAAUCCCCUGAAGAACGCCGUUAAGUCGCGCUCCUUCGAGCAGGAGGAGCUGCUACACAAGACGCUCCUGCGCCUGCAGGGUUGUCCGGUGGUCCAUGCCCUCAAUCUGCUGCAGUUCGCCGAGCACUGCGUCGUGGUCCACCGACCCCACAUGGCCGCCGCCCUGCUCAGCUUUUGCCAGAGCUCCGAGCAGCGGCAAAAGAUCAAAAAGAUGAUACAUUCCCAUCCAGUGGAGAACCUCCGGCAGCAGAUCCUGGAUCUGGAAGAUGCCGGUAUGUUGCCGGUGGUUUUGAACUUUGCGCUCAAGGAAUUAAAUCUCUAAGCGGAGGGUUGCCGUUUCUCAACUCCACUUAAUUUAUACGAAUG